CCUCCACAGAAGCUGAACUCCUCUUCUCGUCAAGCUCGAAUCUUUCUCGCCCUCUUUUAAUAUGGCCAAAGGACCCGUUAAGUACUUUGUCGUUGACGGGUUCACGGACUCGGCUUUCAAGGGGAACCCGGCCGCCGUUUGUUUAUUAGAGGAGGAGAGAGACGAGGAAUGGUUGCAAUCAUUAGCUGCUGAGUUCAGCAUCCCAGUGACUGGUUACUUGACUCGGAUUACUGACCCGGAAUGUGCAACUCCUAGGUUUCGUCUCAGAUGGUUCACUCCGGUGGCUGAGAUUGAACUCUGCGGUCAUGCAACAUUAGCAUCUGCACAUAUUCUCUUUGCAACUGGUUUGGUGAAUUCUGAAAUAAUUGAAUUCGACACACUGUCUGGAAUUCUGACAGCUAAAAAGGUUCCUGAUGUCAAGGCAACUGAUGCCUCCUCGAAGAUUCAGACUGGUGGAGCACAUGAAGGCUUUCUGAUUGAAUUGAAUUUUCCUGUAGAUCCUACCACUGAAUUCAAUUCUGCAGAGGUUUCGGAUAUUUCAGAAGCCUUGAAUGGUGCUUCACUGAUUGAUAUCAAGAGGACAACUACUUCAGAUGACCUCUUCAUUGUGCUACCAUCAGGAAAACAUGUUAUGGAACUACAGCCACGGUUUGAUGCCAUACAAAAAUGUCCUGGACGUGGCAUAAUUGUCUCAGGUAUUGCUCCUCCAGAGUCUGGAUUUGAUUUCAUGAGUCGAUUCUUCUGCCCCAAGUAUGGUGUCAAUGAGGAUCCUGUUGGUGGGAGUGCACAUUGUACCUUGACACCAUAUUGGAGCCAAAAGCUUGGCAAGUGUGACUUCAUUGCCUAUGCGGCAUCACCUAGAGGGGGAAUCCUAAACGUUCAUUUGGAUGAACAAAACCAGAGAGUGCUUCUGCGAGGAAAAGCUGUCACUGUAAUGGAAGGCUGUGUUUUGGUUUAGAAAUGGGGUUUAAUUAAUGUCAUUAUCAAUGUAUGAUUAAAUUAAAAUAAAUCGCAAUAGUGAUUUGAAACAAUUACUGGCCCUUGUUCAUGUUUUUUUCUCAUUACAUGUAUUUAUUGUUGGUUAAUAUAUGACAUUUCACUUA